AUGAAUUAUUAUGAUGAGUUAGUUAACGAUAUUGAAGAAUUAAAUGAAAUAAAUCAUACGUUGAAAAGUAAAAUAAGUGCACUUGAAUCAAUUAAUGAUGAAUUACGAUCUCAGAUUAUAAAUUUAAGAAAUCAACAUCAGACUUAUUCAAAGGGGAGUGAAGUGUUAGAGACUUAUUUGAACCAUCAAAAUAAACUAUCAGCAAAUAUCAAGACAAAUAGAAAGUUCAAGAUUAGCAAGCGUUUAAAUUACGUGUCACGAAGAAUUCAAAAACAGAUACAAGUUCGAAAUUCUGCAUUAGAUCAAUAUAGAAACAACAAGGCAAUUUAUAAUCAUUAUGAAUACUUAAAUGAAUUAUUAAAUGAUGAAAUUGAAUUAUUAUUAGCUUAUCAACCUGAAACAACUGAGACUGAAUAUUCUUGGGAUACUGAAUCUACUAUAGUCACUGAAUUUGUUUUAAAAUUUGAUGAUUCUACUACACCUGAAACAGAAUUAACUAAUAGGAAAGUCCACUUUGAAUUAAAUACGGAUGACGUUAUGGGAAAUUUAAUACGUGAGUUCAGAACAAAACUUAAGUAG